GGAGGAAUAGUUGAAUCUUAUGCUAAAUCAAAUUUAAAUAAAAUGGAUAAAAGUGUAUCGGAAUGGAAAAAUGUUGAUCUCUUUGAUACAACCCCCCUAUCGUUUGUAAAAUGUCCGACCACUGCAGAAAUCUUGUGUUACUGCUUUUACGAAGCUAAAUCAAGCACCGAGGAAAUGAAAAUAAGAUUAGUAAUAUGCGAUCGAAGCGGAAAUAUUCUUAUAUACCUUUGGAAUUGGGAAUGUGUUACCUUUAAAUCUCAAGCAAGACCGAAUCCUAUCACACUCUGCUACCUUACAAUAAAUAACUGGCUUGCAACCGCCACACCAAUUCCCAAUUGUGGUAUUCACAUUGAUAUAUACGAUUUGAGAAGAUUAACCAAAAAACAAGGAGCGCCAAUAAUUGCAUCCGCAUAUUUUCAAGUCACAAGUACUGCUUCUUGCAUUAAUGCUGCAGUCGUCGAUGAUAAAAUACUUUUUUUAGCUAUAGGACUUGAGAAUGGUAAUAUUCUUUUGCAUUAUGGAAAAAUUACCAAAAAUUUUUCUGCAAAUAUUCGCCAACAUACUGUAAGUGAAUACGUAAUAAAUGGAAUACAUUUCGAUAUUAAGAAGCUGCAAUCAGAUUUGACAACUCAAAUCAUGUUUGUAACAUGCAUUCAAGGAGUUUAUUGUUUCGUGUUAAAAGAAAAAAGUGGAAUGGAGCAAAUAUUUAUACUCGAUGAUGAUAAAUCUAAUCAUUGUAGUACGAUGCGAAGGACAGUAGACGACAGUAUCGAAGAGUCGAUGUUGGUAGUUGGACGGUCGGAUGCUAUAUAUUGCUAUACCCGUGAAGGGAGAGGACCUUGUUUUGCUAUCGACGGCACAAAGAAAUGUAUUGCUUGGGUAGGUUAUUACCUUGUUGUCGCCACGAGAAAAUCAUUUUUGAAGCACAACAUCUCGAAUCUAAUAGUUGUAGACACAGAGAACAAAAUUAUAGUUUUUCAGAAGCAACUACAAGAAUUGUUUUACAUAAUGAGUGACAAUCAUUUUUGCUUAAUUAUAAACAAUUCUCAUGUCGUAAAUACAUGCAAGGUAUUAUUGUUAGAGCAGCUCAAUAUGAGUAAAAAAAUACGACUGUUAAUUAAACAAAAUAUGUACGAUAUAGCAUUAAGGAUGUUACAUCGAGAAGGCUUUUCUUGCUCGUCGGAAGCUGCUUUCGUAAGGUUUCAAUACGGAAAUCAUUUAAUACUUAAAGGCGAAAUUAGUAGAGCUGUUAAAGAGUUCAUUAAAACAAUUGGUUUUAUUAAACCGUAUUCUGUAAUUUCAAAACUUUUGCAUUCUAGAUACAACAAUUAUCUGCUAGAGUAUCUAUAUGAAUGCCAAAAGAUUAACAAGACUUCAAGCAACCACACAAAACUAAUUGAAUGUUGCAUUAAUCGCGAUCAAAUAAAGCACAAAAUAGAGCAUUUGUCUGAUGGAGUUUACCCCUUGAGUUUAACAAGCAAGCCCGAAAAAAAGCAUCUUUCAGAUUUAUCAAAAAUGUAUUUCGGAUGGAAAAUUCAAAAUCAGAGCAGAGCUGAAGAAGAACAUUUGUUGCACAGACUUUUGGAAUAUGAACCGGAAUCGCUAUUAGCGUGUCCAAAAACGUAUUUAGAAAAUAUUAAGACGGAACAUUUGAAUGGACCCGAUAAUAUUCUUUCAUUUUUUUCCAUGUUGCCACAACAGAACGAACACUGUGCCAAACUGUUAUCUGAAAUCAUUGAAAAAUUUCCCAAUUCUAACCAAAAAUUAAAUUUUUAUUUACUUGUUCUAUAUCUUAUUCUGUGGCGAGAAAACAAAGUUACCAAAAGUUUUAUUUUAGAGUUCAUAAGAAAAGUACGCUUACGUGUGGACAAACGUUUAAUUAUUUGUAGACUUUAUACAUUCUUAAACGGAAUACAAGAAAUUACAAUUAACCAACAAAAUGAAACAUUGUAUCAUGAAACCGUUAAUAAGUUUAUACAAACACUAAUUGAAAAUAAUCCAGAAGUUGCCAUAAAUUUUAAUUUUAAUGAAAUAACACUUCUUAUGAUGCUACAUAGUUUUUGCUCUCAUGAUACAAUAAAAGCAUUUCAUAUUAAACCUGUCCUAAGGAAAAAAAUUGUUUGCGAUUUAGUUGAUUCAGCUAAUGAAAUUCAGUUAAUUAAAAAUUUCAAUGAUAAAAUAAAUAGGUCUAGUUUGAUGCUGUCUCUCUAUAAAAACAAUCCAAUGGAAUUUCGUAAUGAUUCAUGUGACAUCUGUCGUGAAACCUUGAAUACGCAGUCUAUUUACUUUCUCUGUCAACAUUCCUUUCAUAAAGAAUGCCUUAAUUAUAACUGGACAAAACGUGGUGAAGAAUUGAUUUGUGUUGUAUGCAAAACAAAAAGCAGUUUGGUGAAUAUAAAAAGUUUAAUAAAUAUUAAUUCUGAUCCUUUUAGUAUUAUAGCUGUAAUUGCAAAAGUAAUAGCUAUAGGAUUUAAAAAACUACCAAAUGAAAGUAUAAUUCAAAAACCGGUGAAAACUAUAGCGAAAAGAAAUCAUCAAAAAGAACUUCAAGACAAAAGCCAAUCCGCUAUAUUUAAUAAUCCUUUUGAAUAAAAAUGCCUAUUUUUAAAUAUUAUUAUAUUUUAUUAUAUUGUUUAAAAUAAUAAAAAAUAUAUUAUAUGU